AAAUCGAAGAAGAAGAGCGAACGUUUGCAGAGGCAGUUUCUUCCGUUUGAGGCAGAACAAAGUAAUGGGACGUCGCUUUCUUUAGUUUGGAUCAACGCCGAGCUCCACCUAGCCAGAAACUGUCUAAGGAAAAUCAGGAAAGAAGCUAAAAGCGGCGACAUGGAGACGGAGAGCUUCAGAAAGAGAGACUCCCGAAGCAGCUAAGACGAAAAUAAGGUGCGACACAUCAUGGAGGCUGGGCUCAACCCCACGGUUCUGCUGGACGGGUUAGAUGUUAAGCAGAUGCUGAUGGUUAAAGAAGAAGCUCCUGAAGACCACCGAUCUGUUGCUGAGCUGCAUGACCCAAACUUGCACCAGAUAAAGGAGGAGCAGGAAGAAGUCUGCAUCAGUCUGGGAGGAGAGCAGCUCAACAAGAAGGAGGAGAUUGAUGUCAUCAGGUUUCCAGUCUCUACUACUCCUAUAAAGAGUGAGGAUGAAAUACAGUCCAUUCUGCUCUCACAGAAUCUUUAUCACAACCAAAUUAAAGGCAGAGAACUUCCAGAAGAGAAUGAUGAAGGUGAAUCCAUCAAGAUUGAAGAAAUCGAACCAUCUCCACAAUCUUCUGAGACUGAAGAUUCUGAGAAUGACGAAGAGGACGAUGAUGUAAACCAUGUCUCUGAGUUAAAACACUUGUCAGAUUCUGGACUGAAAACUAAUGACAAGAGCAAUGCCUGGAAGUCAAAUGGAGACAUUCUUAACAAAUCUUUUAGCUCAUUUGAGUUUGAUGUUCACAGCUACUCUCUUCAGCCUGGUGGAGCACCUUCACAAAUAGGGUCUUCAAGCUCAGUUGAUAAUAGUAAAUGUUUUACAGAGGAGAAAAAUGCAGAUUCACAAACUAAAGUACAGACAGAAGGGAAGUUUAGCUGUGAAGACUGUGGAAAAACAUUUGCUAGAAAAAAUACUUUAAACAGACAUAAGAGAACCCACACAGGUCAGAAACCUUUCUGUUGUGAUGUAUGUGGACAAAGAUUUAACCUGAAACAAACUUUAAACAUACACAUGAGAAUCCACACGGGACAGAAACCUUUCUGUUGUGAUCUUUGUGGACAAAGUUUUAGCCAUAAAUCAACUUUAAUCAGACACAGGAGAGUCCACACAGGAGAGAAACCUUUCUGUUGUGAUUUUUGUGGACAAAGAUUUACCGAUAAAGGAAGUUUAAACACACACAGGAGAAUCCACACAGGACAGAAACCUUACUGUUGUGAUCUUUGUGGACAAAGAUUUAGACAAAAAUUACAUGUAAACAUACACAUGACAGUCCAUACAGGACAGAAGCCUUACUGUUGUGAUAUUUGCGGAAAAAGACUUGGCCAUAAAGUAAGUUUAAGCACACACAUGAGAAUUCACACAGGACAGAAACCUUUCUGUUGUGAUAUUUGUGGACAAAGAUUUAGUCAGAAAUCUAACUUAAAUACACACAUGAGAAUUCACAUAGCAGAAACCUUUCUGUAGUGAUAUCUGCGAACAAAGAUUUAGCCAUAAAUCACUUGUAAACAUACACUUUGUGUGUCCACACAGAACAGAAAUCUUUCUUUUAUGCUUUUCGUGGUCAAAGAUUUGGCAAAAAAAACAAAGUUUAAACACACAUAUGAGACUCCACAAAGGAUAGAAACCUUUCUGUUGUGGACAAAGAUUUAGACAGAAAUCACAUAUAAACACACAGACACGAAAACACCCUGGAAGAGAAAUACUUGAACUGCAUUGUUGCAGUUGGCUGUGAAAUAUUUCCCCGUCAUUAAAGACAACAGUCUUCACUGGUUAGUUUCAGCAGUUAAUUUUCGUAUUUCAACCUUAGGGCUGGGCAAUAUUUCUGAAAUAUGUAUCACAAUAUAACCAUUUCAUAUCACAAUAAUGAUUGAUUAGUUGUUUGGUUUAAAUAUUCAUAAUACUGCCAAACUGGUGACAUGACCUUUCCUCUUCGUGCUCAAUUUCCUCUUGAGCGGCUGAUCUCAUUUCCUCUCACUCCAAGUUGUGCUUUUUUAUUUUUAAGGAUUUAUGGGAAACGGUGGCAAAACUUGAAAGUGCUCCCACAUACUGAAACAUACUGUGCGCAUUCUGUGAACUGUCCACGGGCGGCUGAGAUUUUAUUGCUGAGCGCAGCAAUUGCCUAUAUUUCUUGUGACAAUUUAAUUUAUUUGCAACAACCUGAAUGAAUAAUAUCAUGUUUAGUAAGCUAGAUGGACAACUAGGCCUUUUUCUUCUCCACCAGGGCAUCCAUCACACAACUGUCAGUGGGAGUCACGGUGCUGCGACUGGCAUCUACUGGACGUAUUUUCUAUUGAUAUUGAUCACGUGUCUAUCACAAUAGACAUUGUUUCAUUGCCCAGCCCUAUUCAAUCUUAAAACAUUUUAUAUAAAUCGCUGAUUUGCUCAGUUGUGUAACUGGUGGUUUCUUUGGCAGGCAUGUUUUAUUAAUUGUGAUUUAUCUAUUGUUCAGAUUGAGUUGUAGUACAGGUGUGUUAUCAGUUUAUGUAAAUAGUUUGGUUGUUUCAGAAAGAGAAUUGGAGCACCUCUUGGUAAUUGAGUUGACUAUGACCUCCUCUGUACUGCAGAGUAUUCUUGAAUCAAGACAGCCGAAGCUCUUCCCACAGUAAAACAUCAACAGGACAAAGAUCCUCAUCACAGAGGCAAAUCUAAAAAGAAUUUGAUUUAAAAAUGUUGUCCUCUUGGAAUUACUAGAAUCUCAUCAGAGCUGUGCUGAGAUGCAGACCUCAACGAAACGAAUUGGAGGAAAAAAAAAAAGCCCAAGAUUUUAUUUUUGUGUCUGCAUUUAGUCGUCUGAACCCCCAGAUUGGAGUUCAUGCCAAAACCUCCAGGUUCUCCUGGAGGUUUCCUCCUUUUGAGAUAAUUUUUCCUUUUCAUUGUCACUGUUGAACAUCCAGCAAUGAGGGUCUGAAACUGACUUAUGGAUGGUGUAAGGACUAUCAAUCCCACAAUCCACUACAUUAACUCACUUUCAGCAGGAAAAUUAGUAGUUUCUGGUGCGAAACUCUGGUCAUGCUGCAUUGCAGUUACUUUGUAUCUGGGAUCUUGCAGCUGGUAGGAUGUCAUAUCUGAGGUAACAGCGUUCUAGUUACAACUGUGUUGUCUGUUUCUUUUUUGUUUUGUUUUGUUUUAUUUUAUAGUCUGAGUCUUUGCUCUUUUUACUGGAACAACCUCAUCUUCUGUCAACCACAGCUUCUUCUAUGCCUGCUUUGUGAAGUGGUUUUCAGAUGCGUAUCUCUGUGGCAUGCUGUGAAAUGAAACUCCAAGAAAAAAUGCAGCAACCUCCUGAAAAUUGCUGUUGUGUUUUUAGCUUUUGAUCCUGAUUGGGACGCAGCUCCUUGUGGAAGACAAAGCAAUGUCCAGAAAGUAGUUGGAAAACUGUCACUGGCCGCCUUUAGGCUCUACGUUUGGUGGACUUUGUUCCCAGCAUUUGGUCAGAUGUGCGGAUUCCUCCUAUGAAUUUGUUGUACUCCCCCACAGCUGUUGGUUUGGGGGCAGACUCCUUCUGAUGUUUCCAAUCUUCUGCCAGAGGAGCACUGUCCCACCUUUGUAGACAGAAUGGAUAUUUGUCCAAGUGGAAACCUCUCUUGUAUCCAUCCAUAUUGCAAAUGGAAGGUCGUGAUCCCUUUGAAUGGAACCUCUCGGUUUUCUGUGGUUGUAGGAAAACCAACUCUCCCGAGCCGGAAACUCCCAAAGGCCCGAAUCAGAAACUGUUGGAGUCAGUAUCAGAGAGCACUUGCUUUUGAUUGGUCAAGCAAGUACCAAUCACAUAAGCACCGGGGGCUGCUGUAAUGUAUCAUAUACAUUUUUUCUAUGUAUGUGUGCAUAGACAAAACAAUGUUAACUAGUUUCUCAAAUUGGUGACUGUGUGGUGUUUUUAUGAUGUGAAGCACUUUGAACUGCUUUGUUGCUGAAAUGUGUGAUGCAAAUAAACUUGAUUCAUUAAUA